AUGCAAAGAGCAUCAUCNAGCAUCAUCCACCACCUUCUUCCGCCCAGCCUUUCACUGGUGGCCGAUGCCCCAUCAGCAGCAGCAGCAGCAGCAGCAGCAAUCACCACCAGCCGAAAUGCAAAGAGCAUCAUCAGCAAGUCACCACCGCCCCCACUUCACCGGAUCAACUGCCGCCAGCUUCGCAUGGGCCAGUUCCUCUGUCCGCAGGCGGAGAUUGACCCGGAGACGCAGCAGCCGGCGGGCUGUACGGUAGCCAACCUCGCCCCCGUCAACUGCACCCUCCGCGAGGGCCUUAUCUGUGAUGAUGACCACGAGGACCACCACGAUGAUGAUGGUCAUCAGACUCGUGAUCUGCUCGAAGGUGGUGCUGCAGGAAAAGGAGAAGCGGUUCUAAAUGGUGCAAACUCCACCUCCACCUCCACUUCUACGUCAAAGCGGAAAGCGCCCCGCUACGUGAGCCUCGCCGUCGCCUGCGACUACACCAACGGCUACUCCUUCGAGGUGACCCUCCUCCUCUCCGUCUUUCUCGGCUUCCUCGGCGCCGACCGCUUCUACCUCGGCUACGGCGCCCUCGGCCUGCUCAAGCUCAGCACGCUGGGCUUCCUC